GUAAUUAUGAUCGUGAUAAUGAGUUUGAAUAUUAUGAAACUAGUGACAAUGUUUAUAGUAAUGAAGAAGUUUUUGAAAAACCUAAUUUCGUAGUUCAACAAGAUCAAGCACCCUUUAUGACAUUUAAUGAAAAUCAAGAAUAUAAUGAGUUUGAAUCAUAUUAUAUUUUACAAGAAGCAGGCAAUUAUAUAAACUA